GAAAAAAGAAAUGUGCAAGUAGUCACAGCAGCACUUUUCUCAUUUUAGGGGUCUGAUAGAAGGUACCAUCAUGGAAAAGCAUGUCUCAAUGAGGGCACGAAAGUAAAUUGAUGCGGAUUUCUGCAACCCCACAAUCUUCAUUUUCCAGUGAUAAACCUCUCUCCCCCGUAAAGCCUCUUGUGAUAAACCCUUCUCUCUCUCUACAAUGGCGAGAAUAGCAUGCCAACAACUUAUUCCGACUAUAGCUCUUCCGUUGAAGUCAUCUCUCUUCCGGAGUCACACUUCUCACCUGAUCGCCUUUCGGAGGCGUUUCUCAUCUUCUUCCCCAUCCAAGAUAAGCAUGAGCUUGAAAGCUGGAAUCGUUGGCCUCCCUAACGUCGGAAAAUCCACUCUCUUCAACGCCGUCGUUGAGAAUGGGAAGGCUCAGGCUGCUAAUUAUCCUUUCUGUACAAUAGAGCCAAAUGUAGGUAUUGUUGCCGUGCCAGAUCCGCGUCUCAAUGUACUUUCUGAUCUCAGCAAAUCUCAACGUGCAGUCCCAGCAUCUAUAGAAUUUGUAGAUAUUGCCGGGCUUGUAAAGGGAGCUAGCCAAGGGGAGGGUUUAGGUAAUAAAUUCUUGUCACAUAUUCGUGAAGUGGACUCCAUACUUCAGGUUGUACGCUGUUUUGAGGAUAAUGACAUUGUUCAUGUGAAUGGAAAAGUUGAUCCAAAAUCUGAUAUUGAUGUCAUCAACUUAGAAUUAGUUUUCUCAGAUUUAGACCAGAUUGAGAAAAGACUGGAUAAACUCAAAAAAGGAAAAGCUAGAGAUUCACAAUCUAAAGUUAAGGAGGAAGCAGAAAAGUCUGCACUGGAAAGAAUUCAGUGCGCUCUGAUGGAUGGAAGACCAGCUCGAUCAGUACCUUUAACAGAUUUUGAAAAGGAUGCUGUAAGGCAUCUUUGUUUACUUUCAAUGAAACCGGUUAUAUAUGUGGCAAAUGUUGCAGAAUCUGAUCUGGCUGAACCUGGGAACAAUCCUCAUGUCAAAGAAGUAGUGAACCUUGCUUCUGAGUUACAAUCUGGACUAGUGACAAUCUCAGCACAGGUUGAGGCAGAGCUUACUGAACUCCCAACUGAAGAACGAACAGAAUAUUUGAAGUCUCUUGGUGUUAGUGAAGGUGGACUUGGAAAUCUUAUUAGAGCAACGUAUGGUCUUUUGGGGCUGCGUACAUACUUCACUUCUGGCGAGAAGGAAUCUAAAGCAUGGACCAUACUCUCAGGAAUGACUGCACCUCAAGCUGCUGGAGUUAUUCAUUCGGACUUUGAAAAGGGUUUCAUUCGAGCUGAGACGGUUGCUUAUGAUGAUUUUGUUACUGCUGGUUCACUUGCAGCUGCAAGGGAAAAAGGACUUUUGAGAUCUGAGGGGAAAGACUACAUUGUACAAGAAGGGGAUGUAAUGCUGUUUCGUUUCAAUGUCUGAUCGGAAAGAUUACCGUUGAUGCUAAACCAUCUUGUUCUUUUACAACGUCCGGUUGGAAUUUUUUUGCGAAGGGCAGGAUAUAGCCCAUCUUUUUGUGAAGGCUUGGAAUGUUUAAUGAACUGAAAUGUCUUCAGAGGGAACGGCCGGUUGUGUGUUACAGGGAAAAUCAUUGAGGUGAUGUGUUCUUCCAAUUGUGUGUUACUGGGAAAAUCAUUUUUAUAUUUUUGGUUGUAGAGAGAGAAAAAAAUAAAUGUUAUAAAAAGGGAAUUGAUUCUUCACUCUUAUGGUUGGAAUCUUUAAUUCCUGGAUCGUCAUCUGUAUUUUAAACAUUACCCAUUUCUUUAUAUACCUACUGCAGAACUGGGGUUCAAAUCA